CGGACGGUGACCACCGAGAAGAAGUACUUCGACUGCGAGAAGACGGUGGUGGAUUUCGGGAACCAGCUGGAGAGCAAGCUGGCCGUGCUGGGCACCCUCAUCCAGGAGUACGGGCAGCUGCAGCGGCGCCUGGAGAGCAUGGAGAACCUGCUGAAGAACAGGAACUUCGGGGUGCUGCGGCCGCCCCCCGGGGGCGAGGUCCCCAAGAGCGGAGUUGGGGGGAUUUCGGAAGCCCCCUGUGGCUCACACCAGCGAAUGUCCCUUUUGUUGUUCUUGUCAGUUCCAGCCGAUGAGGUGAUAACGUUCAAAAUCGAGCAGCUGGACUCUGAGGAAUGCUCCCAAAGCUCCCAGCCCGCCGUGACCGGAGCCAGGGAGUCGGAGGAGCUGGUUUUCCAGGCUCCCAGCGAGGCGCUGCCCUUUGAUGGUCAGUACAGCUCCCCUGUGCAGCAGGGAACCCAGAGCGUGAGCAGGCUGGUGCCGACCACCCUGGGGGAAGAGGAUCUCGGCGAAAGCGGCGCUGUCACGUUCUAUGGGCAGAACUGUCCCAACAAGAGACCUCACUCGUGUACCGCCUGUGGGAAGGGCUUCUGUCUGAAGAAGAUGCUGACGACUCACCAGGAGGGCCAGGGCACGCCGUUCAGCGGUGAGCACGCCGGAGACGAGGAGGGCUUCCUCCAUCAGCAGCGCCGGCAGACCCACGUGGAAGGCAGGACCCGUGUGGCCACGGAGAGGUACAAGCAGAACCAGAACGCAAAAGCUCAGGCCGGCGUCCCGGCCGCGGACAAGGUGUACGGCAAUCCCAGGUGCAUGAAGAACGCCAACACCAACAGCAACUGCAAGCCAGAUCAGAGGCCACACCCGCGGGGGAGGCCUUACAGGUGCGACAAGUGUCAGGAGUGCUUCUCCCAAAAGAAAACCCUCAUCAUCCACCAGCGUAUGCACUCAGGCCGGAGCGGAGGGGUCCUAUUCUGCUCGUACUGCGGGAAGACCUUCAGCCACCCCUCCAACCUGAUCCGGCAUCAGAGGAUCCACACAGGGGAGAGGCCGUACCAAUGCAACGAGUGCCCAAAGCGCUUCACCCAGAAGCAGCACCUCCUCCAGCACGAGAAGAUCCACCUGCGCGAGAGGAACUGCGGGGUGACGCAGAGCGCGAGAAAGGCGCCGCUGCACAGCUGCUAGGCUGCGCAGGCCCCCGCAGCCCUGCGGCCCCGGGAGGAGGGAGGAGAGGAGACUGCCUCUGCUGCUCAGCCCAAAAGGCUCUCUUGACCAUUUGUCCCAGAGAUCCAAGCGAAGUAGAAUGACGAUCCGCCUUGGCACCGCUGCCCUUUUCUUCGUGGUGGUGAUGGUGUGCCACAGUACCUCAUAGUCUGCCCAAAAAAUCUCUCCGGAAUAAAAAUGGUUUGGGCCUCUCCAGGUUUGAGUCGGUUGUCUGAACUGGUUCCAGCGAGGCUGAGUUUUCUGAAGCUGCUCUUUGCCUGGAGUUUCCCUGGCUGCUCCCUUUGACAAAGUUCUGCCGUCCUCAGUUUCACGGGUGAGUUUGAGUCGCGCAUUCGCCGAGGGCUCCUGGCAACUAAACACGUGCACAGGGUGAGGCCUCGCUGGUGGUUUGCGCGGGUGCCCCCCCUGCCAAGGAGGGGCAGCCAGGCGGUUCCUCGGCGCAGGCCAAACGAUGUUUUUGCUGCUGCUUCUGCUCAGGAAGCGAGCUGGAAAAGAUAGGUUCAGUUCCCUCUCCAGAGCUUGAAAUCAGGUUUAGUUUGCUGUAAGUGAUGACGAUCGGGCUAUGUUCUGCUUGGAGUUCCUCUGGUGUGCACCGGGACGUGCCCCGCUGGUGACUUGGUUUGCAUCCCCGUAG